AUGGACAAAGAAACACAACUUAUUAUUUGCCUUUCUAAGGUAACACGUCGAACCUAUGUUCAGAUUGACUUCAACGAGUUCCUGGAGACAGUGAUAGACCGGCAGGGAGACAACCGAGAUGUGUAUGAAGAAAUACUGAAGGGCUUCAACACGUUCGACACAGAUGGGUCGGGUGCUAUCUCCCAGGACAAUCUGCGGCAGGCGUGUCGAGACGUGGGCAUCAAGUUCACCCAGAAGGAGCUGCAGGAGAUGAUCGAAGAGGCCGACGUCAAUGGAGACGGCGUUAUAGACAAAGAAGAGUUCAUCAGGAUCAUGCUCCAGACCAACCUUUUCUGACCUUGACCUCAUGACCUUACAUGACCCCGAUGACCUUUGUAUCUCAACCCCAAAACUGGUGUAUCGCCUGUGAUUCAAGAACACACCUGACCUGUGUAUCACAUUACCUCCCAU